CCGGAGCUCUCGCCUUGCCUCAAUCACUUUACCAAGAUAACCCACCACCGGCCGUACCCAAUCGGUAAUGGAGCACCACCAGCGGCUGCUGCAUUUGUCGCCACACCAAGAGCACCUCAUGAUCGGCCCGGGGUUCUUCGACGUUGACCCGAUGCACUUCCACGGCGACGACGCCGGCUUCGCGGUGCAGCCGGCCGCUGACGAUGGCGCCUGGAUGGAGGACCUCAUGCAUCUCGGCGACGAGCUGUUCGGCGGUGGAGGUGGCGGCGGCGCCGGGGACGACAACGACAUGGUGGGCGCUGCUGCUGCUGACCAGGCAUGGCGGCAGGAAUGCGAGGGCGCGUCCCCGGACGACCACCCCUGCAGCUACGACGACGUGAUCAGCCCUGUCUCCGGGGAGCAAGGCGCGGGCUUCGAGCCCAGCCGCGACGACAGCGACCUGUCGGGGACGAGGAAGAGGCGGGACCGCUCCAAGACCAUCGUGUCGGAGCGCAAGAGGAGGUUCCGGAUGAAGGAGAAGCUAUACGAGCUCAGGGCUCUCGUCCCCAACAUCACAAAGAUGGACAAGGCUUCCAUCAUCGCCGACGCAGUGGCGUACGUCAAGAACCUGCAGUCGCACGCCAGGAAGCUCAAGGAGGACGUGGCGACGCUCGAGGCGCGGCCGGGGUUGGCCGGCCGGCGGCAGCAGCAGCAGCAGCAGAAGCAGGGCCGGCGGCAGGGGCAGCACGGCCGCAACGGCGGCGACGACGAGGGGAACAGCGGCAGCUCCAGAGGGGGCGGCGGCGCGCGGGUGACGCUAGUGAGCGCGGCCCAGGUGGGCGAGGGCCGGUUCUUCGUGACGGUGGAGUGCGAGCGGCGGGACGGCGUGGCGGCGCCUCUGUGCGCGGCCGUCGAGGCCCUGGCCGGCUUCCUGGUGGAGAGCUCCAACCUCGGCUGCUCGUCGGACCGCGUCGUGUCAACUCUCACACUCAAGGUUUGUGAAACAAGGGAGGACGUGAUGAUCAGCGAUCGCACGGUGAAGCUGUGGGUGAUGGCGGCGCUGCUCAGCGAGGGCUUCCGGCCAGAAGCCACGUCGGAGAUCUGCUAAGCCAGCCAGCCAGCUGUCGUCAUUCCAUGUGUUGUUAGUAGUGUGGCGUGUGGCGUGUCCUCUGGUUUGUCCCUGUCCGUCCGAUCCGUAACAGAUGGCUGCUCAAGGUCAAGGAUACAGAAAGUGGCCGAGUUGUGUACCGCUGCUGUGCUUCAGUCGACCAGGGCCGUCGCCCGGCCCGCAUGGCUGCUCAAACGGCGCCGUUAAAUGUAUGAAGCAAUUGACGGUAACAAACGCUAGCUAUGGCCGCCUGUGAUGCACUAUCUUUCAACUAUGCCGUGCCAUGAACAGACACUCGUACACAUUUUUGCCCGUGGUAUAUAUGCAGUGCACGCAAGAAGAAUUAGCACUGGCAUAUACCACUACUACUACUGUACCCAGUUACACUCACUCUGUAACUCGUUUGCUCGCAUUCAAGCACGUACGCAUCGUCAAGUACUCGAUCGAGACUGUGACACAGAUUAUAAACUAGGACUGCAAAGUUCACUUUGGUAGGGACUCAAUAGUAAGGGUAAGCGAAUAAGUAGGUUCUGUCUUUUAUAAUUUCCAUGUUGUAACUUCCUGGUUCUGACUUCUGAGUUAUAUUAGCCCUUGUAUAAUGCAGAGCAUUUUUUAACACGGUAUAAACACA